UCCUAGUGCAGCCUUGACCACUGUACAGUUUGGCCCGCCAUGUUCUUCUCCCUGGCAUUUCAGGCCAGAGCAGCCAGCCUCACUCCCCAGUGGGGAAGACAAAUAAGGAAUUUGCAUAAGUCAUCUGUGCAAAAUGGUGCUGGAGGAGCCUUAUUUGUGCACAGAGAUACGCCUGAGAAUAACCCAGAUAUCCCAUUUGAUUUCACACCAGAAAACUAUAAGAGAAUAGAAGCAAUUGUGAAAAACUAUCCAGAAGGACACAAAGCAGCAGCUGUGCUCCCAGUCCUGGAUUUAGCCCAAAUUCAGCAUGGCUGGUUGCCCAUAUCUGCUAUGAAGGUUGCAGAAGUUUUACAAGUACCUCCAAUGAGAGUAUAUGAAGUUGCAACUUUUUAUACAAUGCAUAAUCGAAAGCCAGUUGGAAAAUACCACAUUCAGGUCUGCACUACCACACCUUGCAGGCUUCCUAACUCUGACAGCAUACUGGAUGCCAUUCAGAAAAAGCUUGAACUGAAGGUUGGGGAGACAACACCUGACAAACUUUUCACUCUUACAGAGGUGGAAUGUUUAGGGGCUUGUGUAAAUGCACCAAUGGUUCAAAUAAAUGACAACUAUUAUGAGGAUCUGACAUGUAAAGAUAUUGAAGACAUUAUAGAUGACCUCAAAGCUGGCCAAGUUCCAAAACCUGGGCCAAGGAGUGGACGUUUCUUUUGUGAGUCAGCUGGAGGUCUUACCUCUUUGACUGAACCACCUAAAGGUCCUGGAUUUGGUGUUCAAGCAGGCCUCUAAUUUAUGUUAAACUAUAAAUAUGUCACUGGAGAAAUAAAGCUCCUACUUUAUA